AUGGAAGAGGAUAACUUGCAUGUGACGGAAGAUAUAAUUCAGUCGUUGGCCCGGGAAAUAGUUGGCGAACUAUUUGUCCCAGAUAAUAGGCCGAAACAAGAUCAGCAAUUUGGUGCCAUUAAAGCUUUCCGAGAACUAGAGCUGAUAACGGAAAAUGUUGACGUGGAGAAACAAUGUAAAUGGUCCUGUUGUUAUACUUCCUCGACUUCGUGUAGUCUUUGCAG